CUACAAAUAGCCCCGUUUGUCUGUGUCCGUUCCCCUGAGGCGAGUUUACAUUUACAUUUACAUUUAAGUCAUUUAGCAGACGCUCUUAUCCAGAGCGACUUACAAAUUGAGCUGAUCUGGAAUGAGCCAAGAAGCCAGUGUCAGUUUAGUUGCUGAGCUAGAGUUGUAGCAUGGAGAACUCACCACUAUUACACAAGGUGCUGCGGUUUAUUUUCUGUAUUGCCCAAACCAUAGACUAAGACUGCUACCUUGACCAGCUUUAGGUGCCACCAAGUAUGUAUCGAAGUGUAUUAUUAGCUGACCUGACUUCCGUGGCUAGCGUUGCAGCAGCCACUCUCAUUAACCGGAUCAAGGGAUUAGGCUAAUGUAUGUAGGACACAACCAUGCCAGUUCUAUUACUGUACACCUGCCUUGCAUACACAGACAGGGUCAUUCUAUGGAGAGACUUGAGAGGGGCAUUCUCAACUCUGUCUCAGUUGGAAUUACGACCGAGAAUGCUACCAUCUACCUGAGGGGUCCCUGGGACACCAUUCACUUCAGCUGGCCUGGAUCAGAACAGAACGGGGGUCUUCAGACCAUGUGUGUUUUGAACUGAGACCGUCAUAAAAGCUUGGAUCUUGGCCGCGAGGUGCUCAGAAGACGAGGGUGCUGAUGGAGGACACCAACAUAUUCCCUCCUAAUGUAUCUAUCUACAGGUUGUCAGCCGAGGGGGAGACUGCCGUUGGUGUUUACUUGUUGAUAAUAGGGUGGCUCUCCUGUCUAGGUAAUGGAGUGGUGAUUCUACUGUUGGUCAAGCAGAGACACAGUCUUGAGCCACAGGACUUACUCACUAUCAAUCUGGCUGUGUCCGACGCUGGCGUCGCGAUCUUCGGCUACUCCAGAGGGAUACUGGAAGUCUUCAACUUGUUCAGGGACGACGGCCUGCUGAUCAAGACCAUCUGGACCUGCCAGGUGGACGGCUUCCUGAUCAUGCUCUUUGGGCUCAUCAGCAUCAACACACUGACAUCCAUCAGUGUCGUUCGCUACAUCAAAGGAUGCCAGCCCAGCUAUGCUCAUUAUAAUAACCACUGUAAUGUUGCCGUGGUGAUUGUGGCAGUGUGGCUGUGUGCCCUCUUCUGGGCUGGAGCGCCCCUGGUGGGCUGGGGGAGUUACACAGCUCGUAAGUAUGGGACGUGUGAGAUAGACUGGGUCCAGGCCAGGUUCUCUGUGUCGUACAGACUCUAUGUCAUCCUCAUCUUCACCUUCAACUUUUUCAUCCCAUUCGUGGUCAUAUGGUUCUCCUACGUGUCCAUCAUCCGGACAGUCAACAACAGCCACAAGUCCAGCAGAGGGGGAGCGGUCAGCGAGCGAGAGAAUCAGAUGGAGCGCAGUAUAACAACAGUGUCUCUGAUCCUGUGUUCAGCCUUCCUGCUGGCCUGGUCUCCAUACGCAGUCAUCUCCAUGUGGUCUGCCUGUGGUCACCAGGUGCCUCCUCUCCACAGCAUCCUGGCCAGCCUGUUUGCUAAGUCAGCCAGCUCCUACAACCCCUUCAUCUACCUGGGCCUGAACUCCAAGUUCAGACAAGACUUCAGAGCCCAGUUCCACUGCCUGCGCCACAAACCGGACCUCUCCCACAGGCCCGACGAGGUGCAGAUUGACCUGGACAUUAUGGAGGUGAAUGGUGGGGUGGAUGACCUGGACUCUGGGGUAGAGCUGGGUAGUGAAAGGGGUGUGGAGGAGAGGGGGGAGAACCAGAGGAGUCCUCUUAUGCCCCCGAUGAUAGCCCCGGCUCCCAGUCAUCGCCUGUUCCUGAGGAAACUCAGUGACUCUGGGCGCCUGUGAGCUCUGUCUCUGUCCCUCUGUUUCUCUCUUUCGGUCUCUCUCUAUUUGUCUCUCUAUUUCUGUCUCUCUGAUUCUGUCUCGCUGUCUCUCCCACUCUCUCUCACUCUCUCUCUUGUCCUACGUACUGAGCCACAGUGGCGCUCAGCUCUCACUGUUAACUGUUCACCUCCACAGCACUCUGAUCGCCUGUACACACGUACAUUUUUCUCACAGCACUGCAACCGUCUGGACUUACUUUUUUUAUUUUUAUCAAGAGAAGACAUUGGUUUUGGCCUCACCUGAAUUAUUUGGAAUCAUUGAUGUUGAAAGAUUUACAGUAUGUGGCGGCACUAUCAAUUUAGGGUCUGAGUUAAAUCAUAUUUGUUUUACUAUUUUACAUGUUACUCUAAAGCUGUAAAUAAUUUAGUUAUUUUCUAAAAAUAAAUACUUGGUUUUAGGUU